GCCUAACCCCGAGGAGCGGCCGCGUGAGGCACCAGGAGCCCACCCGGCGUCGGGCGGGCGGGUCCAUUUUGCCGCACAAGCCGGGCAAUUGGCAAACUGCGGAUGGGCAGGUCCACUUUCCUUCGGGGGUGAGCGGCCUGAGAUCCAGAGACAAUGGCCCAGAUGGGAUGGAGCCCGAAGGCGUCAUUGAGAGUAAUUGGAAUGAGAUUGUUGACAGCUUCGAUGAUAUGAACCUCUCAGAGUCACUCCUUCGUGGCAUCUACGCCUAUGGUUUUGAGAAACCCUCUGCCAUCCAGCAGCGUGCCAUUCUUCCUUGUAUCAAGGGUUAUGAUGUAAUUGCUCAAGCCCAGUCUGGAACUGGGAAAACGGCCACAUUUGCCAUAUCAAUUCUACAACAGAUUGAGUUAGAUCUAAAGGCUACUCAGGCUUUAGUUCUGGCUCCAACUCGAGAAUUGGCUCAGCAGAUACAAAAGGUGGUCAUGGCAUUAGGAGAUUACAUGGGUGCCUCAUGUCAUGCCUGUAUUGGGGGUACCAAUGUGCGCGCUGAGGUACAGAAGCUGCAGAUGGAAGCUCCUCAUAUCAUUGUGGGAACCCCUGGCCGCGUGUUUGAUAUGCUUAACCGGAGAUACCUAUCUCCCAAAUAUAUCAAGAUGUUCGUGUUAGACGAAGCUGAUGAAAUGCUGAGCCGUGGAUUCAAGGAUCAGAUUUAUGAUAUAUUCCAAAAGCUCAACAGCAACACCCAGGUAGUUUUGUUGUCAGCUACAAUGCCUUCUGAUGUGCUAGAGGUGACCAAGAAGUUCAUGCGGGACCCUAUUCGGAUUCUCGUCAAGAAAGAAGAGUUGACCCUAGAGGGUAUCCGCCAGUUCUACAUCAAUGUGGAGCGAGAGGAAUGGAAGCUGGACACGUUGUGUGACUUGUAUGAGACCCUGACCAUCACACAGGCAGUCAUCUUCAUCAACACCCGAAGGAAGGUCGAUUGGCUCACUGAGAAGAUGCAUGCCCGAGACUUCACUGUCUCUGCCAUGCAUGGAGAUAUGGACCAAAAGGAACGAGACGUGAUCAUGAGGGAGUUCCGGUCUGGUUCCAGCAGAGUAUUGAUUACCACUGACUUGCUGGCCAGAGGCAUUGAUGUGCAACAGGUUUCUUUAGUCAUCAACUAUGAUCUUCCCACAAACAGGGAAAACUACAUCCACAGAAUCGGUCGUGGAGGCAGAUUUGGCCGCAAGGGUGUGGCUAUUAACAUGGUGACAGAAGAAGACAAAAGGACUCUGCGAGACAUCGAGACUUUCUAUAACACCUCCAUUGAAGAGAUGCCCCUCAACGUUGCCGACCUCAUCUGAGAGGGGCUGUUCUGCUUUCUAGCCCCAACCAGAGUUCAGCCUUUGGGGGGCUGAGGAGCAGCUGGAGGGGGGAGGGAGGGGAGCCAAGGGAUGGACAUCUUGUCAAGUUUUUUUUUCUUUUUUUUUUUUUUUUUCCUUUGAAUAAAUGUCACUUUUUGAGGCAAAAGAAGGAACCGUGAACAUUUUAGACACCCUUUUCUUUGGGGGUACAUUUGCCCCGGGCGCCGUCUCCUCCCAAAAACACUAAUUCAUUUCCUUAACCUAGUUGCCUCAGGUCCCAGAGGCUCUCCCUCCCCUGACCAAAUCUCCUGGGAAGUCCAGGGGAGUGUGUAACAAGUUAACUUGAUCUCACUUGCUGGACCAAAAUCUCCUGAGUGAGGUUGUCCGCAGGGGAUGUCCCCAGGUGGGGGGAGCAAGGGAGAGAAAAUGGUAGCCAUUUUUACAUUGUUUUGUAUAGUAUUUAUUGAUUCAGGAAACAAACAACAAAAUUCUGAAUAAAAUGACUUGGAAACUGCC